CCACGGGCCCCCGCGCAGCGGGUGCCCCCUAUGCCAGCUCCGGCCGCGGGCUGCCUCGAGGAUGGUGGUCGCGAUUUCUUGUGAGCCAGCGCCGCCUCCAAUUUUUGUGUUCAAGACCGACGAUGAGCUACAGACGAGCCAGGAAUGGAAACGUGCAGUACGGCACCUGGAUGGAGUCGAGCCUCUGGUCGUAAAGGUCCCCUCUGAGGUCGCUGUGGAACGUAUCAAAGGCGGGGCGCAGAUCGUGCUCCUCAGCGGCGGAGAGGGGCCACAAGGACUGGCGCCGUGGCAGGAGCACGGGGGCGCCCUGGGUGCGGCGCUGGCCGCGUGCCAGGCUGCCGGAGGCGUCGUGGGGGCCGCGGGGCCCGUUGGCUCCCUGCUGGCGGCCUGGUUCGUGACCGGGGACAAGGAGGUGAAGAGGGGAUGGAACUUAAUACCCGCGGCCGUCGUCACCCUGUACACGACCAAGAAGGAUAAGUCGAACUGCGAGGACGCAGUGGCGGCACUGCACGAGAAGGUCGACGAAGGCAUCAGGGGCUACCAGGUGCCCUGCGGGGCGGCCUUCUACAGGAGCGGGUCCGGCAGCCGAGCGGAAGCCAUAGGCAAGAACGUGAUCCAGUUGAGCUCGAUUCCCAAGAGCGCAUCAUUUGGAAAGAUCAUCAAGGCGAGCACCAUUACGAUUCAGGACCAGGACGUGGUCCGCAAGCUCGACGUCGGCCCGGAGCAGCGCUGGCAGGCUGCCGUCGACCUGGCGGCCGACUGGAUGAUCGACGCGAAAGGCACCGUGGUGGUCUCCACGGGCGCGGGCAUCUCGGCGGAGAGCGGCAUCCCGACCUACCGGGACCCGGGCGGGCUGUGGGAGGUUUACGACCAGAUGGAGGUGUCUCACAUCAAAGGCUUUGCGCGAGAUCCAAUGAAGUGCUGGCGCUUCGAGCUGGAGCUCUACCAGCUGCUCAAGAGCUGCGGGCCCAACGCCGGGCACAUUGCGCUGAAGGAGCUAGAGGACGCUGGCAUCGUCAGGCGGAGGGAGCUACUCGUCUCGUUUGACGAGCGCUUCGCCAACGCCAAGCCGGCCAUCGUCACGGAGAGCAGGUCAAUCUACAAGCCCAAAGGUGAACCACUUGAUCCCAGGUACCGCCAAUUUGACUUUGAGCAGAUCAGGAAGCAGAUGUGCAUCGCGGAGGCGACGGUGCCAAACAGGGACUACGAGAGCAUGCUGGAGCGGGGUAGGGACCCUCAUGGAACGAUCUUUGUUGUAACGACGACGGCGAUGGUGAAGAUAUCUACAGUGCCGUUUGCUUUGGGACAACGGCUCAAGGAAGCCAACCUGGAAGAAGGCCAACGGGGUGUCCACGGUGCCAAAUCUGGGCGCACAGUCAUCGUGCAGAUGGCUGGUGGAGCGAACGCUGCGAUGAGAACGGUGCAGAAGGCGCGCCGACAUUUCAAGCUGGGGGGUAGCUCGUGGAGGAACUUCUCGGUCGACACGGAGUGA